AUUUCAUUUCAUUUGCAAUUGUUCAAUCGAUCAGUUCGUAAAUUAAGUAUGAUUAUUACACUGGUUUUCUUCUCAGUGGCAUUCUGUCAAGCUCAGGCAAUAAAAUGGCAUGAAAUGAAAUGGGCUUUCAAUUGUGACUAUACUGGUGGUGAUAUUGGGCAUAAAAAAAUGCGAAAAGUGGAAGACUGUGGAGUUUUAUGUUUUAAAAGACCAAAUUGUACACGAUUUGCAUGGAAAAAUGCGAAGGGAGGAAUGUGUUGGCUGAAGAAUAAUAAUGCAAAACCUUUUAAAACACGAAAUUCCAGCGUUUGUGGUGAAUUUAAAAAAGAAAAAGAUGCACCGGGAAGUAAUGAUGACACUGGUAGCUGCAGCGGUGGCGACCAUGGUGCCAAUUUUACAUCAAAUCAAAUUAAGGCCACAUAUUGGUCUGAAACAUCAGAUAGCGGAGGAUGUCAAGUGCCCCAAGGUGACUAUCGUGUUAAAGAUGCAUUGGCACUAGGGCAACAAACCCAAUUGGGUUCUCUUAUUUGGAGACAAGGUUUAUGUGGGCAAGUUCUUAAUAUUGAUUGCGGUAAUGGUGUCGUUCCAGCCGUUGUAGUCAGCACGUGUAACUUGAACAGUGACACUUGUGGUAUUGACAUGAUUGGAAAAACCUGGAGAAAAGCAACUGCUGGCAAGUCAUCAGGGAUCGAGCAAUGCAAAGUUUCGUUGACAAAAAUCAACCCGUUGAAGGGUGAUGAGAUGCAAUGCUACCACCGCCCGAACUCGGAAACCAACAACAAAUAUUUUUCAAUACUAGGUGUACUAAAUACCAAUGGAAGAAUAACUGCAAAUGGAAAUGUUGCUGGCAUUGAAGGAAAUCGAUACCAAGAUGGUUGGUUCAUGUUUAAUGCAAAUGGUCAACCACUCUUUGUCGACGAUGCAAAAGUCACAUUCACAUUUGAAGAUGGCGGUAAUGUUCAAUUCAAAUUUCGUGAUUGCAGAGACGGUAAAUCAACUCAAAUUUUCAAAUGAUGAAAUUGGCGCAAGUUAAUAUAUAUUUUUUGGAAUAAAGUAAAUCAAAGUAUAA